CCGUUGACUGCAAACUUAAAACGUCCCGCUCCCACCACUCAUCAUGGCGGCCGGGCCGAAGCAGGCCGCCAUCCACGUGGGCGACCGCGUCGCGGUCCGACUCGACGCCAAGUCCACGGAGGAGUCCCGGGGUGAGGUGCGGUACGUCGGGCCCAGCGGUGCACAGCGCGCGGUUGUGGGCAUACGCCUGGACGAGCGCAAGCGGGGCCUCGGGGAUGGCAAGCGGAGCAGCGGCGAGCGGCACUUCCGCUGCGAGCCGGGCCACGCCAUCUUCGCGAGCCCCUCGCAGUGCCGGCUCGUCGCGCGCGCGCCGCGGCGGGACCGCCGCGCCGCGGGCAAGGAGAACGAGGCGGCCCCGGCGCCCGCGGCGGCGGCGGCGCCCCCACCGGCGCCGCCCUUCGACCUCGAGGCCGAGUUAGAGGCCGUUGUGGGCCUGGCGGGCGCCAAGGAUGCGCUACGGAGCCUGCGGAACCGGCUCGUCGUCGGCAAGAAGCGCGCGGCGCUCGGCGUCGUCGACGCGCCGCCGCGCCUCUACCUGCUGGUGGGGGCGCCGGGGGCCGCCUUCGGCGCCGUGGCCCGGGCGCUGGCCGGCCUGCUCGGCGACCUGGGCGUCGUCGGCGCGUCAAAGGUGGCGCGGGAGGAGGCCACGAGGUGGAGGUGCGGCGGCCGCGGCGACCGCGACCGCGCGGCGGCCGCGGCCCGGGCGGCCGCCGACGCCCUCGACGCGGCGGGGGGCGGCGUCCUCCUGGUUGGGGGCGCGGGCGACCUCUGCGACGGCGACGGCCAGGCGGCGGCGCUGGACGCUCUCUGCGAGGGGUGGCGCUCGGAGCGGACGGUCCUCGCGGUCGCGGUGGACGAGCCGCGGCGCGCGGCGCUCCUCCGCGCGGCGCCGCGGCUGGCGGCGGCGCGGCCCGUGGCGCUGGAGCUGGCCGACUACUCCGAGGCGGAGCUGGCCGAGCUCGUGCGGCGCGACGCGCGGGCGCGGGGCUUCGCCGUGGACCCGGCCGGGGACGGGCCGGACUGGCUCGUGCGGAGCCUGGCGCCGCGCCGCGCGGGCGCCGGCGAGGGCGAGGGGGGCGUGAUCCUGGCGCGGGCGUGCGUGGACGGCGCGCUCCGGAGGCAGACGGACCGCGUGUACGCGAGCGGCACGGCGUCGUCCGAGAGCCUGCUGCGGCUCCGGCGCGCCGACUUCGAGGACGACGGCGCGCGGGCCGACGCGGGCGCCGCCGCGCUGGCGGCGCUCGACGGCGUCGUGGGCCUCGCGGGCGUGAAGGAGCACGUCCGGGCCCUGACGGCGCAGGUGCGGCUGGACCGGGAGCGGCGGCGGCACGGCAUGCCCGUGGAGCGGGGCGCGAGCCUGCACUGCGUCUUCCGGGGGCCGCCCGGCACGGGCAAGACGACGGUCGCGCGGCUGCUGGCGCGGGCGCUCGGCGCGCUCGGCGCCGUGCGGGCGGGCGACCGGGUCGUCGAGUGCGACCGGGGCGCGCUCGUCGCGCCGUACAUGGGGCAGACGGCGCUCAAGGUCCGGGAGGCCUUCGACCGCGCGAGCGGCGGCGUGCUGUUCGUGGACGAGGCCCACGCGCUCGUGGAGAGCGACAAGGACGCGUUCGGGCGCGAGGCCCUCGACACGCUCGUGAAGCUCCUCGAGGACCGGCGGGGCGACGUCGUCGUCGUCCUCGCGGGGUACUCCGCGGAGAUGGCCGCCCUGUUCCGGCGGAACCCCGGCCUGGCGUCGCGCUUCCCGCACGUCUUCGACUUCGAGGCCUACACGGCGGCGGAGCUGGGGGCCAUCGCGCGCGGGCUGCUCGCCGCGCGGGACCUCGAGCUCGCGCCCGGCGCCGGCGCGGCGCUCGACGAGGCGCUCGCGGCCGCGGGCGGCGGCAACGGCCGCGCCGCGCGGAACAUCGUCGAGGCGGCCGCGCGCCGCAUGGCGCGGCGCCUCGACGGCCGGCUCCGGGACCGCCGGACGGUCCCGCCGGACGAGCUGCGCCGCCUCCUCGCCGCCGACUUCCACCCCUAG